AUGGUGUGUAAUGGAAGGGAAGUUGAGGACAGGACAAACUUUUUGCCCCUCGCCCGUCCAAUUCCUCUUGCUUCUGCCCCUCACCCCCACAAAAAUUUCCCUACAUGGCUACACAAAAAGACAUACCACUGCAGAUGGACUCCGUUACCACUGACAACUCAGGCCAACGCAAACGUAAAAUCACCAACCAACGAGAAACACCAGAAAGAGACAUGCCGGCAGGAUAACUUAGCUCAAAAAACUCAAGGCAAAGUUUGUGCACCAAAGGCUAAGAGUGCUGGAACAUUGAAUCAUCAACCUCGUUCUACCAAUUUUUCAACAUCAGAUGUGGCUCUGCCAAAGCGAAAGGUAGCCAGGCAGUCUCCGGCAACCUUUCAGCAUGAGCUUGCUGCUUGUGAGGGUGGUUGUGAGUCACUUGGACACCAUAAACCAGCUGCUAGCAGUUGCCCUGAGCGCACUGAUCAGCACCAAUUGCUAGUUGCCAAUGCCAACAUUGAGCACCAGGUGCAGUCUGCGACUCAUUGUUCAUCUGUUGUUGGAAUCAGCCAAGGCCUCAGGGUGGUUGUCUCCAACAGCGAGGACAAUGACAAUGGCCAGGAGUAUCAAAACCGCAACCAGAGCUGUCGUGAUGAUAUGCCCUCCAGCCAUCGCACUGCUCACUCCACAGCCACACUCAUUGAGGUGGCAGAUGAGCCACCCAACAACGAGGACCAAAACCUUGGCAACAAGGAUGAGGACAAGGACAACCCCAACCUCAUCCAGCCACUGAAGCUUCAUAACCUCAACUGCAAGAGCUCGAACAUCUCUGACUAUGCCCUGCCUGUCAAGACCCUUUUCAUGUAUGCAACAUCUUAUUUCCUGGUGUUUGCCAUCACUCGAGGCAUAUGGGCCAACAACCUGACCCUCAUCCGCUGGGCCAAGGAGGCCUGGGGCACUGCCUGUGACAAGUUUGAUUCCAAUAUCACCUACGACUAUAAUAUCUUGGGUAUGAUGAAGUGUUGCAUAUCAACAACCAUGGGCAACGUCAAGAACAUCAACACCACUUCAACGUACGCUGUGCGCGAUGGGCUCUAUGAGCACCUGAUUCUUCAGAAGGCUCUCAAUGUUGCCUGGUUCAGUGGGAGCUCCGAUGCAGGUGUCAAGCAUUCAAAACUAUUCAAGCCUCUCCCUAUCCCUGCAUUGGCUCUCCUCUGGACAGCGAUUUGUUGCCGGAUUGACGAGUGGAAGAGCAACAGCAGGUGCCAGACUGUCAAGUUUAAAUGCAAGGGGUAUGGGAAGCACCUCCAGGCUCACACUGGCAAUAUGAAGAAGUUCGAAUGCGUGGCCGUUGAUGCCGACUCAGAUAUCUUUGACGUCAUCAGGAGAGAUUUGCUGAGGGCUGCACGUGUUCAUGCUGGUGUUGCACCCAAUUCUGAUGACACAGACAAGGAUGUCCCCAACACUUCUGACCCCUUGGAGGAUGAUGCCUUUACAAUGCCAUCCUCUGUUACUGUAGUUGGUCCACCUCCAGUGUUGGCACUGGUCCCGAGUCGGAGACAGAUUAGAUAUGGGGCUUACUGGUUAAGCUUGACCUUAGUAACAAUUGCAAGAGACACAGAAGAAGUAUGCCUGAGCAGCUGCAAAUCUGAAAAACUAAGAGUAAGAGCAAACUUGAAGAGCGAGCGCCAACAGCCAGAGUCAAGCAAGAGCCAAGAGCAAGAGCCAAACCAGAGUUGUGCCAAUCAAGAAGCAGAUUGCUGA